CGCCGAUUUCGGCCCGACAACCCGCGGCCGAGCGCCGAACCGGUCGGCGUCGGCUCGACUGACCUGCCACUGCGGAGGGUGUAGGUCGUUACGACCUCGAAGGGUCGCCCUGGGUUAGCGAGACCCGCUGAAAGACCCUUUGUUUGGAGGAGUCCAUUUUGCUGGCUGGUGCCGCUGCUGCUGCACGGAAUGAACCGACCCGCUCCCUCACCCCCCCUCCUCCUGGCAAUAGGCAGGCAGCAAGCAGCACACAGCAGCAGAGAGUGAGCCAUGUUCCUAUCACCUGCUGUCACAGUGAAAAUUUCUGUUCGGAAACAGCGGUUGUCUGUGUUUUUCAAGUAUUUCUCCUGGUCGCAGUCGAAUUUCACAUAGAAUCGAGUCCGAUUCCCAGAUGUAAUUUGCGAUGAAACGGCGUGCUGAUGAGCUUUUAGUAGGAGUGAAGCAGUCCGAGCCCAGCAGUGUCGUUCCGCCUACAGCAGCUUCCGCCCUCGGCCCUGGCGUCUGCCCUCCAGGGGUAAGAGGUCCCACCGGGCUAGGUGCAGUUGCUCCGCCACACACGGUGGUGUUGAGUAGACAGUCGCCAGCCCCUCAGCAAAUCGCUCCCCAACUGCAGCAGCACUUGCUCUCCAUUCCCACCAACUCGCAGUGUGUGCUCACCACCAACUCUAUUCCAGGCCCGCCUGGACCCACUGUAGUUCAAGCUUUUAGGACUAGCUCGCCGGUCGUAAGCAAGAGCGACGCUGCGCCGCCAAAUAUGCCAGGCAGCAUCCAGUACCCAGUGCAGAGUUACUCAAAUCCUGUGCCUUCCGCUGCUCCAAAGGGUUCUGCUGCGGCUGGCGCUCCAGCCCCCGUAGCUGGUAGCUCCGCAGUCAUAUCUCGUAAUCUUGGGGCUAGCCGACCGCCCAACAAAGUUCCGAGGCCCAGUAUGUCGCGCCCCCUUCCUCCUUCUAGAAGUGGCUCAAUCGAUGGGGCUUCUCCUCAGGUUCCAGUCAUGCCACCUACGCAGCCCAGCGGCAAUCUCUCUUCGGCACAGCAAAGCCAGCAGCAGCAGCAAUUCCAGCGCCUCAAAGUCGAGGAUGCUCUCUCGUACCUGGAUCAGGUCAAGUUCAAAUUCGGCUCUCAGCCGCAGGUGUACAACGAUUUCUUGGACAUAAUGAAGGAGUUCAAGUCACAGAGCAUUGAUACUCCGGGCGUCAUUGCAAGAGUAUCAAAUCUCUUCAAGGGUCACCCUGAGUUGAUAGUCGGGUUCAACACGUUCCUUCCUCCCGGGUACAAAAUCGAAGUGCAAGCAAACGACCAGGGCUAUGCUUUUCAGGUUUCUGUCAGCAUGCCUAGUCCAACCAACACAAACAGCGUAGGGACAGUUACUCAGCACCACACUCUACCCAUAUCAACGUCAGCAACAGGACUGACGCAAACGAUUGUUUCAACAAUCCCCACAACUGCUGCUCCUCCAGCACCGGUCCCAGUGGUUGUCACGCAGCAGACAGUUGCACCUCCAGCUCCGAGUGUUCCCUCGAAGCCACUAACUACAACCAGUGUUUUUCAUUUUUUCCCUGACAGUAGCGCGGCUCCGAUCGGGUUGGCUGCGGUCCACCAUGCGGCAACGUCACUCCAUGGCUACUCCACAGGAAUGCCGCCAUCAAGUUCUCCUCACCACCCGCAGAGUGGGUCCCAGCCACCGUCAAUACCGUUGAACACGGCCCCAGCUGCAGUAGGUGGUGGGCCCUCUCUCCUGGGCCACGCAGGUGCCAUGCUAGCGGAAACAAUGCAGCCCACGCCUCAGAGCCAGCCUGUCGAUUUCUCCCAUGCAAUCAACUACGUGAACAAAAUCAAACAUCGAUUCCAAGGCACCCCGGACAAGUACAAAAGCUUCCUAGACAUCCUGCACGCGUAUCAGAAAGAGCAACGCAGUGUAAAGGAUGGUAUGGCAGCUCCAGGAAAGCAACUCACUGAAGCUGAGGUGUACGCUCAGGUCGCUAAGUUGUUUGAGAACCAAGACGAUCUGGUUCAAGAGUUCGGCCAGUUCUUGCCUGACGCAACAAGUCAUCAGGCGGCAUUGAUGGGAGCUGUUCUGCAAGGCAGUAAAGGCCUCAGCAACGAUCAUUCGUCAAACAAGAAGCCAUUGGGACUGAAGCCAAGUUUUAACAAUGCAAAUGCUAGCCUGUCCAACAUCAGCAUGGGCUCCAUGAGUACCAGCAGCAAAUUUGGCCAAGUUAAGAGGUCGUCUCCGUUCUCGUCGUCAAGCCAGCCCAUGAAAAAACCAAAAGUUACUGCUUGCCUGCGAGACGUCUCUCUGGCAGAGGCUGGAAAGUUGUGCAGUCUGAAUGAUUAUGCCUUUUUCGACAAGGUUCGUAAGGCACUAAAAAACCCAGACAUUUAUGAAAACUUUUUAAGAUGUCUGUCCCUCUUCAAUCAUGAAAUAGUGUCUGGCACCGAACUUGUUCAACUUGUUACUCCGUUCCUGAGCCGUUUCCCAGAGCUGCUCAAGUGGUUCAAAGAGUUUUUAGGCCACAAUGACAGCAUGGUUGGAAACGCAUCAUACCAGAGUCUCAACAACCUAGCUAUGGAUACUCCUGCCAACAGUUCAAAUAGGCAAGAGAGGGCAACUGGGGACCUUGCCAUGGAAAUAGAUUAUUCAACUUGCAAGCGUCUGGGUGCCAGCUACUGUGCUCUUCCAAAGAACUACGCCCACAGCAAGUGUUCUGGCCGUACUCCUCUCUGCAAGGAAGUGCUCAACGACACCUGGGUUUCCUUCCCCACCUGGUCCUCAGAGGACUCAACCUUUGUUACUUCUCGCAAAACUCAGUUUGAAGAGUCUAUUUAUCGUUGCGAAGAUGAGCGCUUUGAAUUGGACGUGGUUCUGGAAACCAACUCAGCAACCAUCCGAGUGCUGGAGGGAGUGAACAAGAAAAUGUCUCGGAUGCAGCCCGACGAACUGACCAAGUACCACUUGGACGACUGCCUAGGAGGCACGUCGGCUACCAUCCAUCAAAGAGCCAUCCGAAGAAUCUACGGUGAUAAGGCUUCAGACAUAAUAAUGGGUCUGAAGAAGAAUCCGAGUACUGCAGUACCUGUUGUGUUGAAGCGGCUUAAAGCUAAGGAGGAGGAGUGGCGCGAGGCGCAGAAAGGCUUUAAUAAGAUCUGGAGAGAGCAGAACGAAAAGUACUAUCUCAAGUCUCUGGACCACCAGGGCAUCAACUUCAAGCAGAACGAUCUGAAAACUCUGCGAUCCAAGGCGCUCUUCAACGAAAUUGAGUCUCUGUAUGACGAGAGGCACGAACAAGCGGAGGACGGACACCACCAUGUCACCGGCCCGCACAUGGUCCUUCGCUACAGGGACAAGUCUAUCCUUGAUGACGCUGCCAACUUGCUGAUUCACCACGUGAAACGCCAGACCAGCAUACACAAGGAAGACAAGCAGAACAUAAAACACUUGCUCAAACAAGUCCUACCUGACAUUUUCUUCCAUCCCCGGCAAGACUUGAGUGAAGAUGAACGAGACGAUGAUGGCUCAGACAAAGAUGACUCUGAAGGCUGCUCGCCCAGUAGUAAAAAGUCCCGGGACAAGAGAGAACCUGACAAGAAGAGCAGCAGUGUAGACAUUAGCAAAUCCGAAACUAAGGAAAAACAGAAUGCGGUCGUUAACAACUUUGAGGAAUCCAAGGGGAAGGAGGACUUGGCCACCCCAGCUCACGCCAUUUCAUCAGAUCCUGAUGAGCACUACACUUUGUUUGUGACCUGCAAUACGUGGUACUGCUUCUUGCGGCUGCAUCAAAUCCUGUGUGAAAGACUCACUCGCAUGUACGAAUGUGCAAAGAAGUUAGUGGCUGAGGAUGCGUUAAACAAGAUUGACAGGAAAGAAUCCACAGCAAUCGCCCUGAGGCUGAAGCCAAAGAGUGAUAUAGAUAUUGAGGAUUACUACCCUGCUUUCCUGGAUAUGGUUAAAAAUCUUCUUGAUAACAACAUGGAUACCAACGCGUAUGAAGACACGCUCAGAGAAAUGUUUGGCAUACAUGCAUACAUAGCAUUCACGUUGGACAAGGUUGUUACUUAUGCUGUGAGACAGCUUCAGCAAUUGGCUAUGGAUGAUAUCUCGCAUGAGUGCCUAGAAAUUUUCAACGAGGAAAAGAAAAGAGGUGCAGCUGGCGGACCAUGUUCAAAGGCAGCUCAAAGUGCCAUCUCUGAAAUGGCAUACCAAAAGAGGGUUGAGCAAGUUUUGACCGAUGAAAACUGCUACAAAAUCUUUAUUUAUAAGAAUGAUUGUCGAAUGACAGUUGAAUUACUUGACACCGAUGGAGAAGAGCAGGAGGCACCUGCAGAGGCUGAAAAACGAGAAGAGUACGUCGAAAAGUAUGUUGGUGAAAUGGACAGCAUACCAGACGAAAUGAAGGAACGUUUGUCCCGCAAGCCGGUCUUCUUGCCUAGAUGUGUAAGGGGAUACAUUGAUCGAAGUAAGCGAUUCCAUAAUCAAGAAAGAAGCAGCACAGCUGCAAGCACAAGUGGCAAUGACUCCCCGUCCAGCUCCAACGAGCAAAAAGAUGCUGACUCCAAAAGUGAUGAUGAAAAGAAGAAAGAUGGCAGCAAAGUUAGAGCCGACUCCCCGCAAUCCGGAAGCAUCGAUAGCAAUGAAUGCAGAUUUAAUCCUAUCACUUACAGUAGAGUGUUCUUCAUGGAUAAGGAUGCGCUACUAUUUAAAAAGAAUGCCCUUCUCAACGCCAAAGAGGCUCAUCCAAGGGUAACAAUAAGGCUCUUAAGGAAGUUCAGAGAUUGGCACCAAAAGUGGGCAUCAGUGCACGUCAGCGAGGACCAGCAGAAGUCGACCACAGACUGGCUGAUGGGCCUCGGGGACAACAUGAUGCCAAACAGGACGCGAAUCCUCACAGACAACGACUUGUCAAAAUCACCAUACAUCCCGUACAACAGGUACCGAGUGGAGCUGGAGUCUGUGACCUCGUCAACGGCAGCAACCGCUACUGGCGUGACGACGUCAACCACUAACGGACCACCAUCCUCCCCUUAAAGGAAACUAGAAGUAGUUGUGCUCAAGCAUUUAAAACACUGCACAAGCAGAUCUCCUGUGUAUAGUGUAAUUGUGUGUACAUUUGUAUUUUUAUACCUCACAAUCAUUGAGCAUUUGCAUGCACACCAAAGCAAGGACUUAUUUUGGAACUGAAAACUUACUCGGUUUUUUAUCCACGUGAAUGCAUGCAAAAUCUCAGGAAACGAGAGGACUUCUCAAGUUAAGAGUUGUAAAUAAGAGAUUAAGUUGGAAAAAAGUGAAAAAUGACAAGCAAUUUUACAAAAUUAAAAAUCUUCAAAAUAA